CUGUCGUCAGUGGUAGUACCUUGGGCAUCCCAACUAGGGCGGUAAAUGGAAUUUCCGAAAUGUUACGUCUUUGCGCCUCAGCCUCAUCUAGGUUCAGAAACUCAUUUAGUUAGAAACACGCUAAUGUACUGUUCUAACGUUAUUUUUUUAAACCGAAAAUGGGAGCUCCUGUGAGUGAAUACUCGUCCCGACUUCAAAAGCAGGAGCUGGAGAUCCAUUCCCUGACUGCUGAGAUUGAGAGCCUGAAGAACCAACAGAGCCUGGGCUUGUCCUCACACCUGGAUGGGCUGAGAGAGGAGAACGCCAAGCUCAAAUACCGCCUCAACAUCCUCAAAAGGAGUCUACAGGAAGAGAGGAGCCAGUGCAGUAAGACCAUGAUGAACAUCAACCAGCGUCUUCAGGAGAUCUUUGGUGAGGCCAUCCGGGAGGCCUGGCCUGACCUGGAGAACCCUCCCCUGGCCGUCACCCCCAACCAGCAGGCCAAAUUUGGGGACUACCAGUGUAACAGCGCUAUGGCCAUGGCCCAGGUGAUGAUGAAAUCAAAGGGCCUGAAAGUGAACCCCAGGGAGAUCGCUGAGAAGAUUCAGCAGAACAUUCCAGACAAUGAGCUCAUUGAGAAGACCGAAAUUGCUGGACCAGGGUUCAUCAAUGUUCACCUUAAGAGAUCGUUUGUGUCCAAACUGCUGACCAACCUGCUACUCAGUGGUGUCCAACCUCCUCCCUUAGAGAGCAAGAAGAAGGUGGUUGUGGAUUUCUCAUCUCCAAAUAUUGCCAAGGAGAUGCACGUAGGUCACCUGCGCUCCACCAUAAUCGGGGACAGCAUGUGUCGCCUGUUUGAGUUCCUAGGCUACGACGUGUUGAGGCUGAAUCAUGUGGGGGACUGGGGCACCCAGUUUGGCAUGCUCAUCGCUCACCUGCAGGACAAGUUCCCAAACUACCUGACCGUGUCCCCUCCCAUUGGAGAUCUGCAGGCAUUCUACAAAGAGUCUAAGAAGCGUUUUGACGAGGAGGAGGACUUUAAGAAGAGGGCCUACCAGUGUGUGGUCAAGCUGCAGAGCAAAGACCCAGCCUUCAUCAAAGGAUGGAACCUCAUCUGUGACGUUUCCAGGAAUGAAUUCCAGAAGGUCUACAACUGUCUGGACAUCCAGAUCAUCGAGAGAGGAGAGUCCUUCUAUCAGGAGAAAAUGAUCGCUGUGGUCAAAGAGUUUGAGGCCAAAGGCCUGGUGGAGAUGGACGAGGGACGUAAGAUAGUGUUUGCCCCGGGCCAACAGAUCCCCCUGACGGUGGUGAAGUCUGACGGGGGCUACACAUACGACACUUCAGACCUGGCCGCCCUGCGCCAGCGGCUCUUUGACGAGAAGGCAGACAUCAUCAUCUACGUGACGGACAGCGGCCAGGGCACCCACUUCCAGGUGGUGUUUGCAGCGGCUCAGAUGAUUGGCUGGUACGACCCCAAGGUGACACGAGUGGAGCAUGCUGGCUUUGGAGUGGUGCUGGGAGAGGAUAAGAAGAAGUUUAAGACUCGGUCUGGGGACACGGUGAGRCUGAUGGACCUGCUGGACGAAGGCCUGAAGAGGUCCAUGGACAAACUCAAGGAGAAAGACAGAGACAAGGUGCUGAGCACAGAGGAGCUGACCAAGGCCCAGCACUCGGUGGCGUUCGGCUGYAUCAAGUACGCCGACCUGUCCCACAACCGCAUCAACGACUACGUGUUCUCCUUCGACAAGAUGCUGGAUGACCGGGGCAACACGGCCGCCUACCUGCUCUACGCCUUCACCCGCAUCAGGUCCAUAGCCCGGCUGGCUAACAUCGACGAGGUGGCGCUCCGUAAAGCAGCAGAGACCACGGAUGUGCUCCUGCAGCACGACAAGGAGUGGAAGCUGGGCAAGUGUCUCAUGCGCUUCCCUGAGAUCCUGCAGAAGAUCCUGGAUGACCUCCUGCUCCACACGCUGUGUGACUACCUGUACGAGCUGGCCACCACCUUCACAGAAUUCUACGACAGCUGCUACUGCAUCGAGAAGGACCGCCAGACCGGUGAGGUGGUGAAAGUGAACAUGUGGAGGAUGCUCCUGUGCGACGCCACUGCCGCCAUCAUGGCUAAAGGCUUCGACAUCCUGGGCAUCAACCCGGUUUCCAGGAUGUGACUUCAGUGACAUCACCAUGCCCUCCUCCCAACUCCUCAGACUACAAGGGGUGGGGACUCUUCAACCCAUUAAUGUCACCUGGGAUUUCACUGUAUACUAAAUAAAAUAAACUGCUUGUAAAACGUUUUUAAAAAAUGCA